AUGGCGAAGCUCAGCAAAGAGACCAAGCAGCGGCUGCAGACGGUAUUCCAGGCCGGACAGUUCGUCAUCCGCUGGGGUUUCAUUCCCACGGUGCUCUACCUGGGUCAGUACGGGGGCUAGUUGGUUAGCUUAGCAUGCUAGCAGUUCGGGCAUGGGGGGGCUAUGUCCAAUUAUUUGUGCUGACGUGGUAUGUUGCUAGCUAUAGCUAGCAAGGUUGAGAUUUGGUUACGAUUAACAAAUUCAAAUUCGGGGAACCUCGUUUGUGUAAUGCGACCACUGCAUGCAAUUGUUAUUGCAUAAUCAGCUGUAUGUUUUUCCAAUUUCAGUUAGCUAAUUUUAGCUAAACUACGUCCCCACAUUUAUGGAGAUUUGUGGCCGUAGUGAGACACAUGGAUUCCCUGUCGAAAUAACGGCUAAAUCACACCCAGUCAUCAUAGCCAGGGGUGUGAAUGGGGAAACGAAACCAGUGAGACAUUCGCUGAAUCAGCUACCGCAGGAAUACCCCACCUGUCAAACGAAAGUAGCUAACAAAAAUUAGGCAAAACACACAUUUGGGACUCCCACUGUUGGUCGGUGUGUGUGUACGACUUUUGCAUGUUUCUCGGGUGAGAUCUGUGGUCUCCCACGUGACAAACCAAAGUCUUAACCAUAAGUCCAGCGGUUCUCAAACUUUUGCCCUAGCACUACACUGCUGAUAAAAAAGAAUCAAAGCUUGAUGAGUUGACAAUGGGUAAAUACAUUUGAAUUCAAUAACUUUUUGAUAGCAUCCCUUUUGAUUUAAACACAACUUUCCAUACAUUUGGCCAUGGAAGACGUGGACCUGAAGGCCAAAACAUUCAGGAGAUAAAAAGUGCCCACAUACCCCACCAUACCAUGAGAUACCUAUGUCUUCAUCACUGGAAAAGAUAAACAGUUGAGUUUGAUAUAAUUUAAAAGCUUAGUGUUCUUAAACUAUUUUAUUAUUUAAAAAACAAAUGUCAUUUUUAAACCUUUAAUGUCAAUUAUCUAAAAACGUGUAAACUCAGAUUUUUUGUUGUUGUAGCUUUUUUGUUGUUGUAGCUUAGACCCUAUUUCACAUCAUUUCAGGUUUCUGUGUUGUGCCAGUUGACACAUGCUCUUGAAAACUAUGCGUCAUUUCAAUCAUAGAAAUAUACUUCAUAGAAUGGACCCAUCCCUUCAGACCACUGCAAUUUAGCUGAUACACCAUUGACAUUUUAAUUGAAUCAACAUUUUUACUUCUAAUUAGAUGACAGCCAGUCCACUCAACAUCGAAUGUCAACUUAAAUGGUCAUGUCUAUUCUAUGAUCUAUAUUUCUAUGAUUUCAAUAGGUUUCCUAUGGAGGAUUGACGGUAUAAUUUAAAACCACAGAUAUUCCCAUUCAAGUCAACAUUCUCUGAUGUGUGGACCUCCGCCCAUCUUUGUGGUACCAUUUUAAAGUUUACAUUUACAUUUUAGUCAUUUAGCAGACGCUCUUAUCCAGAGUGACUUACAGUUAGUGAGUGCAUACAUUUUAAAUAAUAAAUAAUAUGCCAUUUAGCAGACGCUUUUAUCCAAAGCGACUUACAGUCAUGUCAUACAAUUUGAUUCCCAUUUUAGUACAUUUAUCAGCCAAAACAUGACACCCACACUGUAUUGAAGAGCAGGUUGCGUCUCAACUGAUGGCGGGCACAACACAAAAACCUCAGAUGAAGUAAAAUAGGGUCUAAGCUAUAACAUAUGUCCAUUUUUAUAUGGGGAAAAAAAUCAUUUCCCCCCCCCGCCCCCAGAACUUAUCAAAUGCUUUUACAACCCUGUUUGUAAGCUUUAAAUUAUGGAAAUCUCAACCAUUUAUAUUUUCCAGUGAUGAAGACAUGGAUGUCUUAUGGUAUGGUGGGGUAUGCAAAAUGGGUCAACAUUGAGCACCAUUAUCUCCUGAAUGUUUUGGCAUUCAGGUCCAAAAAGUCACUUUCUGAGCACUUCUACAAUGGGUAUGGAAGAUUUCGUUCAAAUCAAAAUGGGCCUUCAAAAAGUGAUUCCUGUGUAGCUCAGUUGGUAGAGCAUAGCGUUUGCAACGCCAGGGUUGUGGGUUCGUUUCCCACGGGGGACCAGUAUGAAAAUAAAAUGUAUGCACUCACUAACUGUAAGUCGCUCUGGAUAAGAGUGUCUGCUAAAUGACUAAUAAUAAUAAUAAUAUAGCUAUAACAUAUGCAAAUAUGGGAAGAAUUUAGCAGACGCUUUUAUCCAAAGCGACUUAGUCAUGUGUGCAUACAUUUUUACGUAUGGCUGGUCCCGGGGAUCGAACCCACUACCCUGGCGAUACAAGCGCCAUGCUCUACCAAUUGAGCUACAGAGGCGACUAAAAAUGUAAAUGGAUUUACCCUUAUUUGAAUCAGCUCUGUAGUGCUAGGGCAAAAACCAAAAUGUGCACUCCUUGGGGUCCCCAGGACCAAGUUUGAGAAACGCUGUUUUAGCCCAAUAGGAAAUUCCUUCUUGGGCCGAGGGUGAGACUGAUUUUCAAGUCGCAGCCAGGGCUACCUCAUCAUGAGACUGUGAGGCCGACUUUCUGCCUUCUGUCCCUCCACCCCUCUCUCUACAUCUUUCCUUCCUCUUCUCCAACCCUCUCUGCCUCCUCUCCUACUCCCUUCUCACUUUCUACCCAUCUCCCUCUAACUGCAUCCCUACUUUCCAAGUGUGUCCCCCUCUCUAGGUGCUAACUGAGGGGGGGGUGCAUCAUGACCUGUAUUCAUAGACCAGUGCAAAUUGCUAUUGUCAUCAACUUGCUACAGGCCGGGAUAAUGUUAAUGCUAACCACAGACGUAGGAGACCACACCUAGCCCAGGGUAGACCACAGAGGACCCGGACAGUUUCGGUAUCUGACCAGUAGUUACAUUUAGCUCCAGGGUAGGAAGGAAAUGGUUACAGCUUCUCUAGGAGGGAGAUAAUUACACAAGGGAAACUGAGUGUCUGCCACAAGCUAGCAUUGCUACACAGUACACACACAUACACGCUAACUAUCUUCAGAGAAAGUGAUUGGGAAACCCAGAAUGUCAGCAGUGUGUCGGGAAUGAGGAGGUUGAUGUAAUGUGGUGGCAUGAAUGAAUGGAGUGAAUGAAGUGUUACAGAAACAGAAAUGUGACUAAAGAUGAGUCCACUCCUAGAGCAUUGCUGCUAUUCUUUUCCCCUCCCCCCUCUCUCAGGUCAAUAGUAGGCAUUGGAGACUAAACACACCAGGGUUGGGGUCAGUUCGAAUUUAAGUCAAUCAAUUCAGGAAGUGAUUUGAAUUUUAAAUUAACAAAUCCAACGCCUACUAUUUACGCAACCCUGAAACACACCGUGAUGACGAACAGUCAGAAGCAGUGGGUGGCUGUCCUAUCGCUUUUGACCGGAAGAUCGGCUGUCGUUAUCUGUUAAUUUCACGACAAUUCUAGAUGUUGAAUCGCCUCCAUUCGUUGACACGCACAGCUUUUAGCCGUUCAUCUUUGCAAUAUGUCUUAGCUAUAAGGGUAGUCAGUUCCAACAUUCCGUUUCCUUCUCUGACAUCUUUAUUGGACCACAGAGAGAACUGCUGGCCAAAAGGGAUAAGAGAUGGGGGAAACAGAGGAGGAAAGCGAGAGGGAGGGAGAGAGAGGGGUGGAGGAAGGUGGUAGGGGAAAUCCCAAAGCUGCCCAACUGAAGCUCCAGUUCGGAAUGUUAUGACGCGUCAAUAGCUGGCCACGCAACACGCAUGUUCACCCCUUAUCAGGAACACGCUACUGACGCUAGAUAACUACGUCACCUGUGUUUGAGUCAGAGGAUAUGAUGGAGACUGUUUUAUUGGAAAACCGCUCAGAUACGAACAGAUGUCACGUUACACAGGCUUUGAAAAAACGAAGCUCAGGAGUGCAACUAAUGUUUCUUCAACAAUUUGCUUCUCUUCAUCUCUGCUCUCUUUUGUUUUUGAUUGACAGGUUUCGCCCGAGGGGGUGAUCCUGGUAUGCCGGAGCCCAACAUCCUGAGGUACGCUGUGUAUGUCUGUCCGUCUCUGUGUGUCUGUCUGUGGUUUGUCCAUCUGAUAUAG